AUGCAGAUAUCCGAGAAGAUGAGUGUAAACAAUUCCUCUACGCCUCGGAAUGUAGCUGGUGUUGAAACCAUAGUGGACACCUGUUUCGGACGCCUGCAUUGGGAGAUCAUAAAGUACUCCGUACACUAUAUUCACAUUAAAAAAGUGGGCAAAGAACAAAGAAGUGUGCCUCUUGGUGGUAUCGGAUGUGGUUCGAUAGGAACAGAUUUUCGCGGUGGAUUCAACAAAUUCUCCUUGAUUCCUGGUAUCAAAGAACAGCGUCAGGGGAAUGUCAAGGCUAACCAAGUAGGUGUGCCUCUUGGUGGUAUCGGAUGUGGUUCGAUAGGAACAGAUUUUCGCGGUGGAUUCAAUAAAUUCUCCUUGAUUCCUGGUAUCAAAGAACAGCGUCAGGGGAAUGUCAAGGCUAACCAAUUUAUUCUAACUGUGCAUGAUGCAUCUGACUCGGAACUAGUUUUUCAAUCAUUAUUAACCACUGCAGAUUUCACAGAUUCAAGAUUAAGUAGCUGGGUCUCGUAUAUCCAUGGAUAUAAUACUAGGUACCGAGGACUUUUCCCUCGGGCUUGGCGGGAAAUUCGAAUACCAGAAAUUGGUUUGACACUAAUCUGCGAACAAAUGUCACCAGUCAUUCCGCAUAACUAUGAGCCUAGAGCUCCACAUUCAAAGGUAACAUCGUUUCCUGUUUCCAAUUUCUAUUGGACAAUAAUCAAUAAUAGUGAAACUGAUUACGAUGUGUCGCUCACAUUCACAUUUCGUAAUGGGACAGGCAAUGCAAAGUGGGAAAGAGAGGAUGAUUGUAGUGCCAAAAUUCUUGAAACAGCAUCCGCAAAAGGUUUGAAGCUUAGCCAUAAAAUUAAAUCAAUGCGAACAAUAUUCGCUAUAGCAACAGAAGAGGUAGGCAUAUCUUACAUAUUGACAUAA